GCUUCCAGGCCGGGGCUCUAGCCGCCCGCGCCGCCCGGGCCGCUCCGGGGACGGGCCGGGGCGGGGCGCGGUCGCAGGAAGCCAGGCGGGGACGCGCGGAGGCGUUGGGGAGCGAGGGAGGGCGCGGCCAACUCCCGGAGGGCCGGCAGGCCGAAAGAGCGGCGCCGGGGCCUGGCGCACAGCCUGAGAUCGCCGGACCGCAGGCCGUCCCACCACGGGCUCAAUCCCGGCCCCAGCCCCGCCAGCAUGGCCGGCCGGACCGUGCGGGCCGAGACCCGGAGCCGGGCCAAAGAUGACAUCAAGAAGGUGAUGGCGACCAUCGAGAAGGUCCGGAGAUGGGAGAAGCGCUGGGUGACUGUGGGUGACACUUCCCUUCGAAUCUUCAAGUGGGUGCCUGUGGUGGAUCCCCAGGAGGAGGAGCGGCGGCGGGCAGGAGGCGGGGCAGAGCGAUCCCGUGGCCGGGAGAGACGCGGCAGGGGCACCAGUCCCAGGGCGGGUGGCCCCCUCAUCCUGCUGGAUCUCAACGAUGAGAACAGCAACCAGAGUUUCCAUUCAGAAGGUUCACUGCAGAAAGGCACAGAGCCCAGCCCUGGGGGGACUCCCCAGCCCAGCCGCCCUGGGUCACCCACUGGACCCCCAGAAGCGAUUGCAGAGGAUACUCAGCCCCCACAGCUGGGCCAAGAGAGAGACCCAGGGGACACACCUGCAGGCGGUACUGAUGACCCCCCGAAGCUGACCAAGGAGGAGCCUGUUCCAGAAUUGCUGGAAGCUGAGGACUCUGGAGUGAGGAUAACAAGGAGAGCCCUCCAAGAGAAAGGCUUGAAAACAGAGCCCCUCAGGAGGCUUCUGCCCAGGAGAGGACUCCGGACAAACGUCCGGUCUGCUUCCACAGUGCCAGACACCAGAGCUCCAGGAGGUGGGAGCAAGGCCCAGAGGGCGCCCAGGACGAUCCCACAGGGGAAGGGGAGGUGAGCGGGCCCAUCCCGCAAGGUGAGGCCCUUAGGUCUUCUUUAGCUGCCCCAGGAUCCACUCACCUCCUUGCACCGCUUCAGGGUGCAGAGAGCUUCAGAGGUGGAUGCCUGCUGUGCGUACUUGGAGGUAGGCAGCCAGUCCUCCGCCUGUCCCUAACCCUAAAUCUGGAUCCAUCUUGCUUGUUGUGGGUCCCAAACUGUGGGGCUUGGGGCAGGUCACAGACAACUAGCGCCUAAGGACGCCGCUGGGUGAUGCCUAGAAGCAACUUGAGUAUACAAAAGGAUGGACCCCGGGUCGACUUGGCCACCUCUUCAAGCACCGGGGCAGCCAUCCGCCAGCGGGCCAGGCAUGGCCCCCAAGGUGGCACAUUCGACCUUCGGAACCACAGGAUCUACCCUGGUGAGCAGCCAGCAGUGUCUGAAGCAUUGGGCAGUAGGUGCUAGGUGCUAGUUUGCAGUCUGCGAAUGGUGUCCAAAUCCAUGCUUGUGUGGGAGCAUACCCGUGUAUAGACCGUACAGCUCCGGCAAGCACCCGGCAGCCUCCCCUCCCUCACAGGCCUGUGGACGCUAGGCCUGCCGAUUAACCUUUGGCUCAAGAAGACACAUGCCAACCUUGCCUGUCAGGCAAGGGGCACACAUGAGCGAUCUAGUGACCUCUCAGACCAGGCCACCACCUCCUGCUGGAGGACCCAAAUCCAGGGAUGGAUGGAAACUUGUGGUCCAGCCCUGAGCCUGCCAAACCUACCUGGAAACGACCCGUUUUGAGAAACCCAUGACAAACGAGCCAUCUGAGUGGCUCCAAGGGCUUCUAUCAACCUCUUGCCUCCUGACUUAACAACGUAGUGGGCCUGCCGUGCCAGGAAAUGGCUCCCACUUGUUGAGGGCUUCCUCUACUACAGACUGCAGUUGUGGGAAUUAUUUAGUACAAUAUUCCAGUGUCAUAGAUCCUGUUAGUUUACAUUUUACAGAUAUGGAAACUACAUAGACAGGCGGUUGAAGAGCUUGCCCUAAGUCACACAGCCUGCCUGUGGCAGAACCAGCAUUCCAACAGCUCCCUGCCUGCCCCCAGGCCCUGCUGGUACACCACUUCUCACAUUGGGCUUGCUCUGGGGCUGAAGCUGUGAGGUUAAGGCAUUCAUUUAUGGAGCACUCAUUUUUCUCAGUGGAAAUUCUAUAGGACUUUUAACAUUUAAAAAAAUAUUUUUUAUUUAUUUAUUUUUUUCUGUCUCACUAUGCAGCCUUUGCCUCCUGAGUGCUGGGACUCAAGGUGCGUAACACUACACCCAACUCAGGACAUUUUUUUUUUAAUAAUAAAAAGAGCAGAUGCCCUGUGAGAGGAAAGAAUUUUGUGUCCGUAAUGGAGAUGCUAUAGAAAUAUAUGGUAAGGCCUGAGAUUCCAGCUCAGCCCCCAGGCCCCUGGGUGACCUCUUUAGAGUCCUAAUGCUGCAGGAAGGUCAUCCCAGGCCCCACUCCCAUGUGGAGGCUUCCCAGAAGCCACCAAAAGUGGCUUGUGCUAUCCUGGGGAACUUCAAAAAGUAAAGAUUUAUUAGUUAAGACUUCUGAAUUUCCAAUGGGGCAGAAGUUUUCAAAUUUCCAACAGAUACUAAUUUUCAGGAAUUAGAAAUGAAAACUAGGAAUUCUGGGGAGAUCCAGAAAAAUCAUCCUUUGUAUUUUUUUUCGAACUCUCUGUACUUUAAAGACUAAGAUGCUCGCAGUCAGUAGCAGUUUAAAAGAGCUUGCUGGCCAUGGCGGGGGCGCACGACUUUAGUCCUCAGCAGAGGAAGGCAGAGGCAGGCGGGUCUUUCUGAGUUUGAGGCCAACCUGGUCUACAGAGCUAGUUCCAGGACAGCCAGGGCUACACAGAGAAACCCUGUCUCAAAAAAAAAAAAAAACAAAAAACAAAAACAAAAACAAAAAAAAAAAAACAAAGAAGAGCUCUAAGCCUUAAAUAUUCUAAAGGUGGAAACUGCCAGUGUGUGGCACUGGGUAGUAUCUGAAUAACACGAUGUUUACAGAUCCAGUUAGAUUCAUAGUAGCCACAAUCAUGAGUUGAAAUUGCUGAUACAAAAGCUUAGUUACAAAUAUAUAAUUUCUCAGAGCAUCUUAGGAUUUGCAGAAACUGUCCUAUGCAUGUGAGCACAUUCAUGUUUAUCUUACUUGUGAGAGUCAUCAUCAAGAGCAGGGUCACAGAAGAGUGGACCGGGCAGCAGCAACCCAGAUUCCGAGGAUAGCCACCUAAACUCCAUGUUAGUGUUUCCGGUUCCUGCUCUUUGACCUGAUGCAGCGUUGGUUGUUAGAGGACAGCUAGUUACAAUAUGUUCUCUUUUCCCCGCAAUUUAUUUACUGAUUGGUUUUGAGAUUAAAACAAAGCAAAACAAAAAACAACCCCUCCCAGGUUUCCCAAAGAGUGUCAACAAGGAAUUCUGAACAGAAACAGUCCUGUGGGCUGGGCAGCCAUGAUGAGCAAGUGUGCUGGUCCUUAUGAAGCCCAGGCUUCGAAACUCCAUGGAGUGGAACACCCCAGCUCCACCUGUCCCCGGCUGUGAGGCCUUGGCUGAACUACUUACCGCCCAGCUUCAGUUUAGUGGGUAGACUCAUAUCUAGGAAGGAAUAUUCUUGAUUUUGUAAGGUAACAUUGUGGAAAGGUUACCAGCAUGGCUUUAGGGUCAGGCAGGCUGCUGUUCAAACUCUAGCUUCAGGGCUUCCUACCUCUUUGAUUUGGGGCAAGUUCUAACCACUGGAUUUUUCCCUUCUGUAAAAUGGGGACGUGGAUCUAUUUCAUAGGGCUGUGGUAAGUUUAAGUGAGGUCACGUAUGAACUGCGUAGGCUGUACACGCUUGAUCCACGUGGGCCAGGGUAGUCGUUACCCACUUAUCUACCUCACCGGGCCGGUUGUGAGGAUGAAGGGCGGCAGAGAAUGCUGAGGACGCUGUCUAAGCUAUGAGGUGACAGUAACUUGCCAGUCUUCCCUCUGGAGAUGGGGAGAUAGGAAGUUAUGCCAGAUGUCAACAGAAUGCCCAAGGAGAGGGACGGGCAUGCUUCUGGCCAGACGGUGUGGCCGGGCUGAAGGGGAGGGGCCAGUCUGGGCAGCCAGAGAACAGGUGCGCAUGCCCUCCCUCGGGUGAGGGUUGCUCCAGUCAAGUGGGCAGUCCAGUGCGUACGUCGUAACCCUUGGGGACAGGGAGAAAACAGGUUCAGUUUUAAGAAGGAUGCUAGCUGAGGGGCUAAAGGAGAGAAGUGUUUGCCCAGCGUGAGCAAGGGACAUAGAUUUCAUAUCUAGCACCUCAGGAAAAAUAUAAACAAACAAACAAACCAAAACCAACCAAACAAAGAUCCUCUUCUUGGUUAAAGGUUUUGACCGAAGAACAGUGUUCCGUGGAUGCAUCCACAGUGUGCUUUUAAAUAGGACUCGAAAUUGCAGAAAGGACCGUGUGGGAAUCGGUGAGAGGUGGCUGGGUGCACGUUUAGGAACUGUUUCCAUUGGCUGGAAGCCAGCAGCCUCCUCCCGCGAGUGCAGAGUGCAGACCAAAGCAGCUCCGAGGGCCCUCUGAAGACGACGUCCCACGAUCCUGGUAGUAGCUUCACACAGUAAACCCUCAGAUUAGAGAUGGGAGUGCCAUGCUCACGCAUGCUCUGUCAGGACAGGAUCCAGGCCUUUCACCGGCACUGAGCUUCCUGCACCCACCAGCAUCACACCGCUGAUCCCGAGCAAGGAAGGAGUUAGUGCUGUGUCUAAGCACCCUCUCCUCCUGGCCUAGCAGCAACUCCUGAUCUUGCUUUCACUCCUCCUCCUCCUUUCCCUGUAAGUCAGGAUCCUCCGGGUGCCACCCUUAGACUUUCUUUAACAAACCAUGAGGGUGCUCUCAUUCACCAGACUGCCUCUCCGAACACAGUUGCACUCAGCUCCUUGCCUUCUGGGCAUCUGGGCUCCCAGCUCACUCCAGCGUCAUUCCCUCCACACGCCCCUCAUGAGUUCCCAUUCUUUAACCCCAGCCCUUCAGUUUCAAGCUGACUUGGCAAGUGGGCAGUCAAUUCAGGGCUCCUUCAACGUCAGCGCCUCUUGAUCAAACUCUUGGGACUAAGGGUUAAGGGCAGGGCUGAGAGUUGCCAAUAGCUUGGAGCUGAACUUAGAGAGUGGGAUUUGCCCUCUCAUCACCUAGCUGGUUACUUGGUGCCCACGGCCGUGCCAGCUUCAGUAGCUAGUGCAGGAAAUACACUCGUGAGCAGAACAGACCCAAACCCUGGCUUCAGGGAGCCUCCAGGCAACUGGGGAAGAUAGGCUGGCAUCCAGUUCUUCCUGAAUACCAAUCCUUAGCCUGGCAUGGUGGCACACGCCUAUAAUGCUAGCCCUUUGGGAGGUAGAGGUAGGAGGAUCAGGAGUUCAAGGUUAACUUUGGAUACUUAUCAAGUUAGAGGCCAGCCUGGGCUGCAUAAGCCUCUGUCUCAAAAACAAACACAGUAACCCUGUAACCUGUGAAGUACGUGGAGAGUUCAGGGUACUGUGAAAGCCUAGGACAUAGAGAUGGGGUGUGUCAAGACAGCGCCAAUGUGGGCCCGCAGUAUGGAGAAGGGAGUUCUAUGUAAAGGCAAUAAUAGACCCUCAAAGGGAGGAAGCGCUUGCUGUGUUGGGAAGCAGCAAUGCUGUCCUUGUGGCUGAACUGAGCCUCAGUGGGGAUGAUGUCAUAGACCUUACAGACCGUGUUGGUGUUAAAGUCUGAUUUGGAAACAAUUUCAGAAUUCCCGGAAAGUCACGAGAGCGGUACAGACGAAGUCUGCAUACUUUGACGGCGAACUCCCCAGUGUAAGCGUUUUGUUCGGCUUGACUUAUCCCCGGCGUCUACCUGUACUGUGUCCUCGUACCUUGUAGUCUGAACUCGGAGAGUAAGUUACAUACACCAUGUCUGUUCACACUCACAAUACAGUGGCUGUUUGCUAACGCCUCGCUCGCUUCCCUGAACUUCUCGCUGCUCAGACGGUGGCUCAAGCUCUCCUUGUUCGUUAGUGGCUCUCUCUAGUCACCUUUAUUAGCGUCUCCCCUCUAGGACAAAAUCAAGUCUACGAACGCUGUGGAGCAUACGUUGUGGUUUCUUGCUUGUAUCUUUUAAUGUGGCAUAGACUUUCUUUCCUUUGUUUGAAUAGACAAUUUCUCCUUUUGGGUCUGUCUGCUGUUUCUUUGUUACUGUGUAUGUGCUAUGCAUUCAUGGUUGGGAGAAUGUGUAAGUGAUUGUCCUUCCUCAGCGUCCCAGUGAAGGCACACAACAUCUAUCUGUUCCUCUGGUGAUAUUCAAAAAAAAUUUUUUUGAGACAGUGUCUCUCUGUAGCCCUGGAUGUCCUUGAGCUUGUUAUGUAAACUUGAACUAAUGUGCCUGUCUCCCGUGAGCUGGAAUCAAAGGCAUGCAAACUACAUUUCUCUCUCUCUCUCUCUCUCUCUCUCUCUCUCUCUCUCUCUCUCUCUCUCCCUCACUCUCUCUCUCUCUCUUUGGCAGGGGUGGGGGGCAGUUUCGUGACAGGAUUUCACUGUGUGUAGCUCUGGCUGGCCUCAAAUUCACAGAGAUCUGCCCGCCUCUGCAUCCCAAGAGCUGGGAUUAAAGGCAUGCACCACCACA